CUAGGGGAGGCCGAGGAGGAAAAGAAAGGGGGAACUCUUCUGGGGUUGGGCCGGCAGCAUGUGGAGAGCUCAGAGUCCCUCAGGGAAGGUUCGGGGCGGAGCCGGCGCUGGUAGGGAAGCUCACCUCUCCCUGGCUAGAGGCCCUGGAGGUGGAGAGUCGGGGGUGUGGUGCCUGGAAUCCAGACAUUGUCCCCUCCCACCACAGGCCGGUCAACCGCUCGAGGGUGAGUUGCCGCGGAGAGCCCGGCGGCGGGCAGAGCUGCAGCAGUAUGAAAGGCGCUACGCAUCCCCUCUGUUUUUGGACCUGGGGCGAGCAGCAGCUGCAGCAGCCCCAGCAGCCCCAGCUCGGUCUCCUCCGCCCAUGCAUGUGCCGUGGAGAGGCCCGCAGCGGGGCCGGCGCGGGGGCCGGGAACUGCCGAGGGGAGCCUGGCUCCUGAUCACAUUCUGGCUCCUGAUGUUCUCGGCGCUGGCCGUCUACUUCUCCUUGAUCCAGCUGUCUCCGCUGCCCUGGCCAUACCUGCGGCCACCGGCCCCGCCACGCCCGGUCACCGUCCUGAUGUGGUGGGAGCCCUUCGUCGGGAAGGGCAGAUCCCACCGUCCGGUCCCAGACUGCCAGCGCCUAUUUAACUUGAGCGGCUGCCGCCUGCUCACCGACAGGAAAGGCUAUUGGGAAGCCCAGGCAGUUCUCUUCCACCACCGAGACCUUGUGCGGACCCAGGACUGGCCCCCGCCACGGACUGAGCCUGGAGACAAGUCGGAGCUGGACACAGCGGCACCUGAAGCAGUAUACACGGCCUCGACGAGCGGCCAGCUGGCCAGGCCCCCUGGACAGCGCUGGGUGUGGAUGAACUUCGAGUCCCCUACAAACUCCCCGAGACUAGAGAGCCUCGACGGCAGCCUCUUCAACUGGACACUGUCCUACCGGGCCGACUCAGAUAUCUUUGUGCCCUAUGGGUAUCUUUAUCCCAGGAGCAGCCCGCAGGACCAGCCUUCGGGGCUGUACCCAUCGCUGGCCCGAAAACAGGGGCUGGUGGCCUGGGUGGUCAGCCACUGGAGUGAGAGGCAGGCUCGGGUCAGAUACUACCACGAGCUGCGCCAAUACCUGAAGGUGGACGUGUAUGGCCAAGGUGGUCCUGGACAGCCAGUGCCGGACUCUGGGCUUCUGCACACGGUGGCCCGCUACAAAUUCUACCUGGCUUUCGAGAACUCUCAGCACCUGGACUACAUCACAGAGAAACUGUGGCGAAACGCCUUUCUGGCAGGGGCGGUGCCGGUGGUGCUGGGGCCCAGCCGGGCCAACUACGAGCGCUUUGUGCCUCGAAAUGCCUUCAUCCACGUGGACGACUUUCCUAAUGUUGCUGCCUUGGCCUCCUACCUUCGCUUCCUGGAUCGAAACCGGAACCAGUACAAGCGCUAUUUUGACUGGCGCCGGCGUUAUGCUGUGCACAUCUUGUCCUUCUGGGACGAGCCCUGGUGUCGGACCUGCCAGGCUUUGCAGAUUGCUGGAGACCAACCCAAGAAAAUGAACAACUUGGCUGCCUGGUUUCAAAGAUGAGACUUCACUAGGCCAGGGUCCGGGGUUGCUAAGUAUUUUGCAGAGGAUAUUGCAUAGGUUAAUAAUCUGCAAACGAGACUGUUUAUAACAGGAAGACUCUUAAAAGUUCUCAGAUCAGGUACUUCCAGCUUCCACACUGGUGUUUUAGAGUGGAGCGGUUGAGCUCUUUUAAAAUGUGUAAGGGUGAGGAGAGAAACUUGUGUCUUGCCAGUAGCCCAAACUGACUGUGCAUGUGAUCUGUAUAGGGUAAGCAAUGCAGCUAGCUCACUGACCCUCAGCAGCUCCUCUUUUAACUUGCGGCAAGCCACCAAGGUAAAAGUGGUCACAAAGUGCCUUAUUACAAUGGAAAGCCACCUCUUCACUAGGUGCCUUAAAGCUUCUAGCUGAAUAGUGAAGCUCCUUCAUUUCAUGUCCUAUGAGUACUGUUGAAGAAAUUGAGAAUGUUUGUUAUGGAGGGGAGAUGUCUUAAGAGGAACUUGACGGUUGCUUUCAAGUAUUUGAAGGGUUUACCUGGUAGAGGGAUUAAACUUGUUCUUAGUGACCCCACAGGAUAGAAUAAGGAGCUGUGGGUAGAAGUUACCAAGACAAAUUUAAGCUUGAUCUAUGGGAGAACGCCUAACAAUGAAAAUUAGAGCUAUAUAACAGUGGAAUAGGCCACUUCUGAUGGACUGGUGAGUUCUCCCUUCCAGGAGGUCUUCAAGCCAAGGCUGAAUGUUUCCAUUGCAAAGGGGAUUUGGGUUCAGGUAUGGUUUGAACUCCUGAGGUUCCUUCCAAUUCUGAGUCAUGCUUCCUUAAAGUCAAGAGGACUCUCCUGAAGAAGCUAUUAGCGAUUUAGCCACCAGCUAUUGUGUUCUGUCCUCUAAAUAGAGGGAAACCAGAUGAGAUGGAGGAGAGUAGGGAAAAAAUAGAUACAGUUAAAAAAGUUAUGUGUGAACUAAUAAAUAAGUGUGCACUAAAUGUAUUUCAGUAUUUAAAAGAACUCUGUGGUGAAUAUCCCUUUACAAUGCGAAAAAUGACAUAUCUUGUGAAUACAGAAUUUUUUCCCUGUAUAUUUAAUUUUCUGAAAGUAGACUUGAGGAAAAGUUGUGAAACAAGCCUCUUCCCCUCUUCCCCCAAGUAACCAUUUACAAAAGUUCUUAUGCAGAAAUAUCAGAAGGAAAGAGAAGAAAACCUUGUUGGCAGUCUCUGCAUAAAUAUUUAUUUCGUGUUUUAGUAUAUUUAAAUUUUAGAAUUUCAUUCUUCCCGUGGGGCUUGCUAUGCCUUUCUUAAAGAUUGCUUCACUCACAAGGCUUCAUCAUGUUAGCAUUUAUAUAGCACUUUAGCAUUUGCAAAGUGCUUUACAUAUGAUCCCAUUUGAUUGUGGAGAAUUACGAAAUUAUGCAGAAAAGGGGGAAAAUAUUUUAUUGUUAAAAUUUUUUAUAUUUUUGUAUGUUAUUUGUAAUUACCCAAGUGUAUAGUUCUCCCAUGUGUUUGUUUGAAAAAGUCAAUUUAUCCAGGAUUACUUGGUGUGUACAGUCAUUUACUACUCCAGUUUUGCUGCUAAACCUUUUACUGGAAUAAGAUCUUGUGUGUUCUAGUUAGUAAGUGGGUUUGCAUUUAUUUCAUGCAUUAAACAUGUACCAUGACCUACUAUAAUACUGCCCUUUGAACCUUUGUUGGAGGAACUCACAUUAUUAAACACCUAUAUUCAGUUUAAGAACUUCUAGAAGAACUAACAUUCAUUCAUACUCUGUAGGAAAGUUAUGGGUGAGGGAAAUAUAAAGAUGUAUGAGGGCUCCUGCCCUCUUGGAACUUAUACUUUAUGUAAACCUUAAAGUAAAUAGUGCACUUCAACUAAAAUUAGUGCACAUCAGCCAAAGUAGACUUUGAAGUCUUGCUAUUGCAAGACUUGCAAAACAACUGAUUUCCAGUCUGCCUUCUGUAACUGUCUUUUUGUUUCAUUUACUAAUGGCUUACUUUGGAAGGGUUCCAAGAUUAACUAAAUUUACCUCAAAUUCUACUCCAUACUCCAUGUAGCAAAAUCCAGUUUUUAAAAUGUAUAUGCCACAGUUCAUUAUUCUGAGUACUUCAUAGACUACACGAGUACAAUAGUCCCUAGCUAAAUCAUAAGACAGGAAGAUCUGACUCUUAUUUGAAUUUGUUACAGAUUUGUUAGUUGACUUCAUUUUUAAGUGCCUCGUUUCCACUACUAGCAGCCUCUUUUUUUUUUUUUUUUUUUUUUACCAAAUAAGGAUAUUAAUUUUGAAAAAUUAAGAUCUAGGGAUAAAAUGUUCUCUAAACUAUUUUAAAACGUGGGUUUUAAAGGAAGGAAAGUUUAUUCUUAAAAAUGAUUGUUUAUGGGACUUUGGUAAUAUAGUCUACGCUGAACAGGAAAACCAAGUUCUCUUACAGAUUAAAUAGUCAUCUGAAUGAAUAAAAGGUAGUUAAAAAAGUGUCUAGGCUCUUUUUUUUAUGGCAUUUUGGUGAAGCAAUGCGGGCAAUGUGACUUGCCCAGAGUCACACAGCUAGUGGUGUGUCUGAGGCUGGAUUUGAACUCAGGUCCUCCUGACUCCAAGACCAGAGCCUCUGUCCACUGCUCCACCUAGCUGCCCCUAGGCUCUUUUUCUGAUGAGGGGACUUAGAAUGCCCCAAAGCCAAACCCUUGUGUUUAAACAUUUUUGACAAAGCUUCUGUGAGUUUAAACUACAAAGGCUCAGGUGACUUCUCUGCUGCUACACUGCAGCCACCCUUUCAUUUAUGUGAAACUGAUCACUCACUUACACAAGAUGGUAAUAACUGACACUAUUAUUAAAGAAUAUAAAGGUCUUAGUGGUUUUCUUUGUAAUAUAGUUUUCUUACAUGUUUAAAAUACUUGAAAAACAAAAUGGACUUGAAAUUCUCAUUUUCUUUUCCUCUACAUCAAAUAGAUUACGUCAUAGCUGACCAUUUUAUCAUUUCACUUUAUUGGGCAAAGUUGAAACAGAUCAUUUAUAAAUCUAGUAGUAUGUGAUGAAAGUCUCUUGUUUUUGUAGUUAGAAAUGGCCUAUGUAAUCUGCCUUUGCUCAAUAUAUGAAUUUUACAAAUAUAAUUUGGGGGAAUAUAUUUAAAAUAAUAUGUAUUCUUACACAAUAAGUACUACUUACACCUGGAUUGAGGCUUAUAGCAGGAAAACGGUGGCAAAAUCAAGCUGAUUGUAUUUUAAUUUUUUUUCUCCUAGGGCAUUGUCUAGUAGUGAGUUGUUAGGGCCUUAAUUCAUAUGUCUAGGCAUCUAUUAGCCUAGCUGCUACUUCAUUUACAGAACUCACUACCCAAUAUCUCCCCCCCUUUUUUUUUACUGGAUUCUUCAAAUCCUAUUUCACAGAGAAAAUAUAUCACUUUUCUCUCCCUCCCUGCUCCAAAAUAAUACAUCUACUUUCGGUAUUUUAAAAGGGGAUGGUGGGAGGAUAAUGGGAAAGCUAAUGGGAAUAGGUCAGUGUGGUUCAUCCCAGCCUUGUAGGCAUAGUCACAAGGCUCUUUCAUAGUCAAUCUUCCAUGUGACUGCCAUCCCCUGCUACCCCAGCCACCCUCCACCAAAUCUUGUCCCAGAGGCAGGCCUGUGAUGUUUGGAAACUUCAGCUAGAUAAUAUGGCUCAGUUAGACUAAGCUGUCUGUAGUUCAGCUUUCCAGAAUCCACUUCCUGGAUCCUUACUUAAUUGGUCUAGAAUUCUCCUACGUCUGAGUGCAAAUGUUCUUUCUCAAGUUCCCUAAGUGAGCUCCCUCUGUUCCUUGCCUGUGGAUGAGGUACCAGUUACUAUGUAACAGCAGUGAUACUAAAUCAGUUUUAGAAAUCAGGUCCUGGGUAAAUCUGGUUUAAUUUUUUUAAAAAAGUAUUGGACAUCUUUUUAAAUAAGAAAAUGACAUGUUUCCUUGGUAAUGAGUAGGGUUAAUAAAGUAUAUGAAAUUC